AUGGCCGAUCAGUCUAAGCAAUCAGGCUCGAUCUGGCCCACUAUUGCUCUCGUCGCAACCAUCUUCGCGGCUCUUCUCUCCAUCCUCAUUGUGCCCUUCAAUCCCUUCAACCUGACCAUCGACGUGCACAACGACGCUCUCUGGUCGCGCAUUCUGUCGUCGCCCAUAUUUUCGUCUCCGAUAUUCACUCCAAAGGAGACUUACAACGAGACGGACUUUGCGUCUCGCGCGAGAGCCAUUCUUCGGAGUACGCCGCUCGUCGAUGGACAUAACGAUUUCCCGUUUUUACUGCGGUCGCAGCUACGUAAUCAGAUCUAUCAACAUGAUUUCACUCAGUUGCAUCUGGGAAGCCAUUCGGAUCUGUUCAAAAUGAGGAAGGGAAUGAUGGGGGGCCAGUUCUGGAGUGUGUGGGUGCCGUGUCCUGGUGGCAUUGACUCUGGACUGUUGAAUUUCACUGCACCAUCAGGGACAGAACCGGGCUUAAAUGAACCUAACUGGGCCGUACGAGAUACUCUCGAACAGAUAGAUAUUACAAAGCGCCUCGUAGCAGCCUACCCCAGCCACUUCCAACUCUGCACCGAGCCAUCGUGCGUGCGCACUGCACACAAAGCCGGCAAAAUCGCCAGUAUGAUUGGCAUUGAAGGCGGCCACCAAACCGGCAACUCGCUAGGGGCACUUCGACUGCUCUUCGACAAUGGCGUUCGGUACAUGACAUUAACACACAACUGCGACAACGCGUUUGCGGCUGCCUGGACUGGCGUUGACGCAACCAAACCGAUGGACAGCCGCGAGGCAGACAGCGGAUUAACAUCCUUUGGACGCGAAUUGGUUCGUGAAAUGAACCGCCUCGGCAUGCUGGUUGAUCUUUCCCACGUCUCUGCGAAUACCAUGCGCGAUACUCUCCAUGUCGCCCGUGCACCAGUCAUAUUCUCGCAUUCUGGUGCCUACACGGUGCAGAAUCAUGAUAGAAAUGUCCCUGAUGAUGUUCUGGUUAAGGUCAAGAGUAACGGUGGGGUGGUUAUGGUGCCUGCGGUGUCGUUCUUUCUGAACGUCAAACACCCUGACCAAGCAACUGUGGAGGAUAUGGUUGAUCAAAUAUUCCAUGUUGCGUCUGUUGCGGGUUGGGAGCAUGUAGGCAUUGGCUCCGAUUUUGACGGAAGUUUGGCCGUUCCGAAGGGGUUAGAGGAUACGUCUAAAUACCCCCACCUGCUUGCUCGAGUCCUCGCGCGAGGUGCCACCGACGAACAGGCCAAGAUGCUGGUUGGGAAUAACAUUCUACGUGUCUGGGAGGAAGCCGAGAAAACCGCUCGGAAGAUUCAGAAGGGAGGAGAGUUGCCGAAUGAAGCGUACUGGGCAGAUAGGGAGUGGGGACCAGAUCCUGGUGAUAUCGUUCCUUAUCUAUUUCCUAGAACCUAG